CUCAGACAUUCUGUCGCCAGGCUUGUGACGUAACCUGCGCGCCUGGGGCUUCCACUGUUUUCAUCCGCCAAGAAAGCGAGCCAGCCCUCAGGACUAAUGUAGAUCCAUCCCAUGCGCACAUAGAGCGGUGAGUGUGAACUUCUCGCUUGAACUCUACCGACACACUUUCCAGAGAAUGGAAAACAGAUCGAUGGAUGUCCAGAAAGGUUGCAUAUUCGGAAACAAAUUGAAGAAGAAAAAGUACCCUAGACGGGCAGUUGAAACAGGCUAGUCCCACCACGACAUUAAUUAAACGAGGCGCGCGCGUCACAGCUGGCCAGUGCCUUACUGUGUAAACAAUGGUGAUGUAGCCUAUUGAUUGGUCGUUGACUGAUGUGUUUAUUUUCUCUUGGUAUUAGUUCGCCACAGCUGAACAGCCAUAGCCCAUUUCUUUGGUAGGACUUGUUUGGGAUGACUCGAUCAGGAACUGUAGCGUUGCAGAUGUUAGAGAGACUAUGCACACAACGUAAUAUAAUGCAUUGGUUAGCAGUUGCAUAAUGUCACCCCAGAGACCUGCAAACUUCAGAUGUGUAAAAAAAAAAAAAAAAAUCAGUCUCUAUUAUCGCACCGCCCCUAACUGUAUGCCGCGCUCUGAUACAACUUUCACGCGGAGGUGAGGCGGUUUCGCGACACACUGACGCCAGGAGAAGGCAGAAGCAGUCUGUAGGACGGACUUUCGGAAGGAAUGCCUGAAGUGCUGAAUUAAGGCCCUCUGACUAUCCUUUCAAAUCAACUUGAACAUAGUUACGAGGACCGAGACUUUUUUUUGGUCUUUUUUUGCAGUGCGUCCGCUCCACUACAAGCCUGUGUGAUUGUGUGUGUUUUUUUUGUUCACCUAUGUCCGUGGGUGCCUCACAAAGCUCGGCUGUCUUUUCCUCAGUUGUGACAGGACUACACACCAGGGCAGGUGGUGUGGGCAGAGAGGGCCCACCGUUUGGGGUGUGCCAGGCAAAGCUACCACCAUGAAUGUCACAUCACUGUUUUCCUUCACAAGCCCGGCAGUGAAGCGUCUUCUGGGCUGGAAACAGGGGGACGAGGAGGAGAAAUGGGCUGAAAAAGCAGUGGAUGCUCUUGUAAAGAAGCUUAAGAAGAAAAAAGGUGCUAUGGAGGAACUGGAGAAGGCCCUCAGUUGCCCUGGCCAGCCUAGCAAUUGUGUCACCAUUCCACGGUCGCUGGAUGGACGUCUGCAGGUGUCCCACCGGAAGGGUCUGCCACACGUCAUCUACUGCCGUGUGUGGCGCUGGCCUGACCUGCAGUCUCACCAUGAGCUGAAAGCACUUGAAUGUUGUGAGUUUCCUUUUGGCUCCAAGCAGAAGGAUGUCUGUAUCAACCCCUAUCACUACAAGAGAGUAGACAGCCCAGUCCUGCCUCCUGUUUUGGUACCACGUACUAGUGAAUUCAACUCGAAGCUGAGUAUGUUGCCUCGCUUCCGGAACCCUCAUAUUGAGGUUGAGCCUCACAUGCCUCAGAAUGCUACCUUCCCCGAGUCCUUCCAGCAGCAGCCGCCACCACCAGCAGCCAGCAGCCUACCCUUCGAUCCACAUUCUCCCACCAACAGCUACCCAAACUCCCCAGGAAGCAAAGUAGGCAACAACAACAACGCCUCUUUCCCACAGUCCCCCUCCAGCACUGACCCUGACAGUCCCUUCCAAUUGCCAGAAACCCCCCCUCCACCUGCCUUUUUGCCUUCAGAUGAGCCAAUGAACCAAGACUGUCCUCAGCCGAUGGAUACAAACCUAAUUACUCCUGCUCUGUCCCUUGAAAACAGCAACCGUCCAGAUGUGCAACCAGUGGCCUAUGAGGAGCCCAAACAUUGGUGCAGUAUCGUUUACUACGAAUUAAAUAACCGGGUAGGCGAGGCCUUCCAAGCGUCUUCGACUAGUGUGUUGGUGGAUGGCUUCACGGACCCCGCCAACAACCGCAGCCGCUUCUGCCUGGGCCUGCUCUCAAAUGUCAAUCGCAACUCUACUAUCGAAAACACACGGCGACACAUUGGUAAAGGUGUUCACCUAUAUUAUGUGGGUGGAGAAGUGUAUGCUGAAUGCCUGAGUGACAGCAGCAUCUUUGUGCAGAGUCGGAACUGUAAUUACCAUCAUGGAUUCCAUCCUACAACGGUCUGCAAGAUCCCAAGUGGCUGCAGUCUCAAGAUCUUCAACAACCAAGAGUUUGCUGAGCUCCUGGCCCAGUCUGUUAACCAUGGCUUUGAAGCUGUUUAUGAACUCACUAAAAUGUGUACCAUCCGUAUGAGCUUUGUGAAGGGUUGGGGGGCAGAGUACCAUCGACAGGAUGUCACAAGCACCCCUUGCUGGAUUGAGAUACACCUGCAUGGCCCGCUGCAGUGGCUGGAUAAGGUUCUGACCCAGAUGGGCUCUCCUCAUAACCCCAUUUCGUCAGUGUCCUAAUCAAUACUGAGCCUUGUGGUGGGUGGGUUUGGGUAGUGAGGGCACACACCCCAUGGGUAUCCACAGCACUCACUUGAAAGUAAGGCCCUUUUUUUUCUUUUUUCUUUUUUUAAAACCUGACAGGAUUGUGUGAAAUAGCUCAAAGUACAGGUUUGUGCCAAACCAGUCACGGCUAUAAUAGUGGUUGGUCACACAUAAAAAAAAACUGUUUAUGCACAUCCUUAAAUUUAAAAAUGUUUACAAAGUUCUUGUGAAGGUUCCAAACGGUUUCUUUGCAGUUGAUUGCAUACCUGCUAUCAGUUAUAGCCAAUCAUAUUGCCCCAACUCGGGGACUCCAGGGCAAUGUAAAAACAUUUAGCCUUUGUUUGUAAAACUGACUUUUUAUCUGCCUGUAAAUUGGUUCCUGGUCACAAGUGAUUGCUUGAAACAAAUGGGGAGUUGCAUUUUAAUGCCAGGUGGUUCCUAUACAAAACUUUGUCUAUAAAAUGUCCAUUCUUAACACUAGGUCAAAGCAGAGCUAUAAGCAGUGGAUAGCUCCGGUGGGUGUUUGUAGGCAACUUCAGAGUAUGCAUAGCCCUAGUUCUAGAGGGCCUGUGGGUAUUUUGGUUUUUAUUGUUAACAUUGCUGUCAUCGGUUCAAUCAGUCCCUUUGUAAGCUUUAUGAAAGCUGGCUCAUACCCUGUCCCUCAAGAACAGGCAUGUGCUUCUCUGUUUUACUUGAAGGAGGUUUAAUUAGGACAUACUGGUGUAAAAAAAGACUUGGUUUUUUCAGAGUUGCGAUUUGGGAAUCUGGAAGAUACUUGAUUUUAACAAAAGUGUGACCAAGUGUAAUUAAAAAAAAAAAAUCAAACUAGCAUAUGCAUUGCCAAGUAUCUUUCCGCAAGUCUUCUGGUGGCCUUUUUUAUUAUUGCAUUUGUUUACCUUUUUAUCUUUUUGGUUUUCCUUCAAUCUCUUUGUAAGUUUACGUCGCAGUAUUCAAUAUGGGAGCUCCGAGACUGUUCUAUGAGCAAAUUGGGACAAUGAGUCAAGGUGGCUUUUAAGAUGCACCAUCUCAGUCUUGAGGGAUAUGUGAAGGGAUGUCAGUUUUGCUGGAAAGAAACCAGUAUGUGAAUAUACGAUGGGUACAUUGCCAGAGUUUGGAUUAGUGAACAAAUUCUGGUCAUUGAAAUAAAACAAUGCAACAGCUGGAUAUUGGUCCAGGUUGUAUCAAGGUGGCAAAAUGAAUGUCACAGAUUGUUAAGUAGGUGACUGAAACGAAUUUGGGCACAUGAUGUUUUACUUCAAAGGACAGCCCAACAUGCAGUGGUGUUCCCUUCCUUAAAACAUCAACAUUGGGUUUGUGGAGUGUUAUCUAUUGUUUUGUAUGGCUACACGUUGGGAGAUGCUGUGUCAAUUGUGGCAUUGGGAGGGGGGAGUAGUGGGUCGGGGAAUCACACCAAUCUUUGUUGUUGUUGAAGGAUUGCCUUGAAAUUCCAGAUUCUUUAUUUUUUUUUUACAUGUUUGUGAUUUUUCUGUAACGAUAAGUAAUUGUGGUAUAUGGGGUGGUCAUUGAGUGGACAUUGGAUGGAGAUGUUAUACUUACACGUGUCCGUUGUGUUGAAGGUGAGAUGUAGUUUUUAGUUGUUCUCUUCUUGUCCAAGUGCUAUGCAGUCUUUUUUAUUUUCCUUGCUUGUUUUACCCAGGUUUCUUCGCCAUGUCAAAUGUUUGAAGCCAAUGUGUUAUUUUCUGGAACGCAGAAAAUGCAGCCAAGUCAGUAUUGGUGUACAGCAUUUGUUUUUGUGUGUUUGUUUGUUUGUUUGUUUGUUUGUUUUUGUUUUUGACUGAAAUUGACUUGGCUGAAGUACCAGUUCAUAAGGUCAUGUUCUGUCUGAGUAUCCGGAUUAGUUUAUUCUUUUUAAACAAAACACAAAAAAACAGAUAUUAUAUCUGUGUUCUUGUGAGUUACUCUGUGGGUUAUAAACCAAUCUGUUCAAGUAAGUGAAAAUUAGAUUAUACACAUUUCUUCUUUAAUGUAUAGACAAACAGAAAUUCCAUCCGGUAUUAAUGGAAGCAUUUUGUAUAUUUUUUUCAGAUGAUUUACUGAUUUCCUUUUUAUAUGCACUUUUAAAGAUGGCUACUUUCUGCAUUUGUCUUGUUUGUCUCUUUUAUAAGUCGUUAUACUAGUGGUAUUCCUUGGAAGCAGUUUUAUUCAAUGAAAAGCAAGUCUACUGGAAGAUUCAAUAAAAAAAAUGAUUGUUUAUUAAAGCA